UUCCGAUUGUCAACUGUCUGGUCUUUGAUUUGUGGAAGAUAUUAGUGGUGUAAUGGUAUGUCCACACACGAAAUUCAAGGUUCGGUGAAAAUCUCGGUUUUGGGAUCACGGUUCAGUUAAUUAGAACUGCAAACAAACACAAUUAGGAACGGUUGCAAACCAAAGGCAAUGUGUCUGUAUACGUGUUUGAAUAACAAAAUCAAAGAGAUGGCCACGUGCACAUUGUAAAAAUAAAUAUGGGAUUUUGUUUUUAUCAAAAAUAUAAUACCAUAACAAUAUGGUGACCAAAGUCCAAUGUACUGUUACCGAGAAUGGUCCCAUAUCUGUUGUGAGUAACACCCUGUGGUCUACAUUUCCUGGCAAAUCGCUUUACUAUAAGUAUCAAAGGGAGAAUUACUUGCAGCGGCUGUUCCUGCCUUGUUCUGGCUGUACCCACACUCGGAUAAUCUCAAUGUUUGAUCAUUCAACCAACAUAUCCGAUUUCGGUAUAACAGAUUCGAUAAAGAAUCUUAGUUGUUAGCAACUCUCUCCAGUGCACAGUAAUUACUAGGAAACCAAAUGUUCUUGAACUGCCGAUUAUGACCUACCAGCCGUAACAUUUUACAGCCAAAAUGAGAACCAUUAUGCUACUUGUGAACUUAUUCGUUUACUUGCGCUUACUGAAACGAAAAUGAUUAACCGAACGAUAUACAACGAAUACGUUACAGCCGUAAAAGACAUGCACAUAUUUUGUCUUACGAAGUUGUGCUUAACCUUUACAUCGUUUGUGUAUUUAAUUUUUGCUUGUUUUUUGUACAGUAAUUCUGAUGCGUGCAGUUAUGUAUAAGGGUUAAAUUUGGUCAGCUGGCUUGCGUGAGAUUUUCGGGUCGAGAUAACCGGUUUACUGUAUUACCUUGCAAAUAUCCUGUAGGGUUUGCAAAUUACGACGUGAGAGCAAAUUAGCAGAUGCGUGAGAGCUGACAAACCUGACUUACUCCUAGUUAACAGAUCUGGUGUAUGGGGUUACUAAAUUCACGACUUAUUUAGUGUUACAAUAUCACUUGGAAUACUACUGUAAUAUAACUUGAAAUCCAGAAACUCUUUCCUGAUGGAGAUGAAAAUAUUAGCACACGAAAUGAUUAGCUUUGAACUGACCACUUUUUAAAUGAAUGACUAUUAAAGCAGAACCAGUAAACAUGAACUCCAGUAACACAAGCCACCUGUCCAAUGAGACCGACCUGAGCAGCGUCUUCACCCGUGAGAUUCGGCCUGCGCUCUACCUCCUGGUGUUCGGCGUGGGUCUGGUGCUCAACAUCCUGGCCGCCUGGAUCUUUUUCAGGGAGCUGGGAGGCUCAGGCUUGGUCGUCUACCUGAAGAACAUGGUGGUGGCAGACCUGCUGAUGCUUCUCGCCAUUCCCUUUCUUGUUGCUGGUCAGCUGGGCAUCGGUCAGUGGUUCGUGUGCCGGUACGGUGCUGUGCUCUUCUAUGGCAGUAUGUAUGUCAGCAUCGUCUUCCUGGGACUCAUUGGCCUGGACCGCUAUGUAAAGGUGGUGUGUUCCACCACUGGCCCUAAUCGUUUCCAGGGGGUGACGUUUGCACAUGUUGCGUCUGUACUCACUUGGGUACUGCUGGCUGUAAUAACGCUACCUAACAGCAUGCUGAGCAGCAACAACAUAGCGCGUCUGGGCGGCACUGCAGACUGCAUGCGCUUGAAGACCCCACUGGGAAUCCGCUGGCACAAUGCCUCUUCCAUCACGUGUGUCUGCAUCUUCUGGGUGGUCCUACUGCUGCUGAUCUUCUGCUAUGUCGCCAUCGCCCGCCGCGUAUCGCAAUCGCACCAAGGAGAAGCCCGCAGAAAGUCCAUGCGUAGCAUCAUCAGUAUCCUGCUGGUGUUCUGCAUCUGUUUCGUCCCAUAUCACGCAUGCCGUGUGCCCUACACGCUCAGCCAGGGCUCCUCCACUUUCUACAGCCUAUACACUCGCUACGUGCUCUCCCAGCUGAAGGAAGCCACACUUCUCCUGUCGGCCUGCAACGUCUGCUUGGACCCUGUGAUCUACUUCCUCAUGUGCUCAACCUUCCGGAAGGCAUUGAUCAGGAAGCUGUCAUACAGAACUUCUCCAGUCAACAGCAGAGCCGUAACAAGUGCUCCAAGUGUCAGCAAAGUAUAAAGGGGUCUCGGAGGCGGUGUGGGGAGAGGUAUUGUGCUUCAGCCUGCGUAUAACAGGACAUGUGCCUCAUGUUACCAUAACCAGAUAACAACAGACAGGCCCUCCUGCCUCUAAAGAUUCCAUCAUUUAAGGAAGAUGCAGGAAAUGGACUCAGUAAGGGCGCUGUGUCCAGGGGAGACACAGGAAGUAGCUCUGACAGAAGGCUUCACAACAGGAAGCCGAGCAGGUGCUUGACAGGGACUUAAGCACGUUCACCCAAAUGCCUUUUAUCUACUUCCUCAUCCCAUCUAGCGGUUUUAUCUCUGCUUGGGGUGAGAAUAUAAACAGAGCUGAGCAAACAGCACCUGUAUCAUGUCUAUAU